UUGACAAAUAGCAAGCCUUCUUUUUCCGUGUAGCACGUUGUGAGCCCGUGCGAAAAUGAGUUCGUUAAAACUGCAAAAGAGGCUGGCAGCCUCUGUUAUGAGAUGCGGCAAGAAAAAAGUAUGGUUGGACCCUAAUGAAAUUAACGAGAUUGCCAACACCAACUCGAGGCAAAACAUCCGUAAAUUGAUCAAGGAUGGUUUGAUCAUUAAGAAACCGGUGGCAGUGCACUCUAGGGCUCGUGUCCGUAAAAACACAGAAGCUCGCAGGAAGGGAAGGCACUGCGGUUUCGGUAAGAGGAAAGGUACAGCGAACGCUCGUAUGCCUCAAAAGGAACUAUGGAUCCAAAGGAUGCGUGUCUUGAGGCGUCUCCUGAAAAAAUACAGGGAAGCCAAAAAGAUCGACAGGCAUCUGUACCACGCCCUGUACAUGAAGGCCAAGGGUAACGUGUUCAAGAACAAGAGAGUGUUGAUGGAAUACAUCCACAAGAAGAAGGCUGAGAAGGCCCGUGCCAAGAUGUUGGCCGACCAAGCUAACGCCAGAAGGCAAAAGGUGAAACAAGCCCGUGAGAGGAGGGAAGAGAGGAUAGCCACCAAGAAGCAGGAAGUUCUCCAGAACUACCAGAAGGAAGACGAGGCCGCGGCCGCCAAGAAAUAAGCUAUUUUGUAAGGUGUUAUUAAUAAAAAAAUAUAGAAAAAGGUUA